AAUCAGGGUCCGUACUUUGCAGACGGUCCCUUAACAGCUUCAGCGCCCGCUGCAGCGAUUCCUGCCAUUUUCAGUAAAUAUUCUCGGAGAAACAGAAAGGUUGGGUGUUUUCAGAAAAUCUGACGUUUGUAGUUUGUUCUCUGUUCUUCUGUGGUUUGGAAAAUGUAAUUUGGGAGAGUUUAGGACAUUGCCUGUGAGCAAGAGAACGGCCGAAAGGCGAAUCUCCGCUGAAUAUCGAAUAUCAAACUAACUUUACUCCGCUCACCCAGCCUUGUCUGAUUCCAAGAAGGAUGAGCCGUAGGUGUCAUUUUACAUCAGAAACUUCCUGAUUUCACAUUUGAUCCCCACUGAUAACAUGAGAUGGCGUCGACUAUCGAUCCAUUGCGACCUCGGAGGAGGCAAAGUCUAUCUCUUCCUCCAUUCAUGCGGCUCCUGCUUCUGGGGAAGAAUGGUCAACAAAACAGAUGUAUGGGAAACUUUAUCCUGCAAAGAGAUGCGUUCAGUACUGAAAUUCCUCCUGACCACAGUUAUGAAGCAGAAAAAGUGGAGGGAAGAGACAUCACACUCAUCAUCACCCCUGACCUGUUUGAUCCUGAACUCUCUAGUGAUGAACUGAAUGAUCGAGUGUCAGAGUGCAUGACUCUGUGUGAUCCUGGACCUCAUGUUAUAGUUCUGGUCCUACAGCGAGACGACUUCACUGAAGCAGACAGAAAACAGCUGAAUUUCAUCUUCCUUUCUUUAUCUGAGGAAGCCCGUAAACACACCAUAGUUCUGACACAUCCCGGCAGCAGUGUGGAUCCAGUUACAGAUGAUGUCUCUAAUGAGAUCAUUGCAGAAUUCAGUAACUGGCAUUUUGACUUUAUAAGUGGAUGCAGUCAGACUGCUGUUGUACAGCUGAUGGAAAAGAGGAUUAAAGAGAAUGGAGGAGGACACCUUAAGAGGGAGGAGUUUGUGAUAGCUCCACUUGCAACGGAAGAGCAACAGCAUCAGCUGCCAACAGUGCAGAGUAAAAAUGAACAAACAGCACGGAAAAAGAAGAAACCAUUAAAGGUAAUUGGGAGUAUGAUUUCAAAAUUGCCUCUUGGUGGUAAACAUGAUGGUGAUGGAGGAAGACUUGGGAGUAUGAUACCGAGAUUCAUUCGUGGUGGUAAACAUGAUGCAGAGGGGUUUCAGAGAUUGAACUUGGUGUUGUGUGGGACUGAUGGAGAACAGAAAGCGUCCAUAUCAGAUCUAAUACUGGGCCAGAGGCAGCGCAGUUCUGAACCCAGUCUGGAGCACAGCUUAACGUGUGUGAUGAGAGCUGGAGAAGUGUCUGGACGCUCAGUUACCCUGGUAGAGAUGCCAGCUCUCUGUAGCACACAAUCAGAGCUAUUAGAGGAGGAUGUGAAGUAUGAAGCUCUUCGCUGUGUCUCUCUCUGUGAUCCUGGAGUCAGUGCUUUCCUCUUCAUCGUUCCUGUUGGUCCCCUCACUGAUGAAGACAAAAGAGAAAUGAAGAAAAUCAAGGAAACUUUCAGCUACAGAGUGAAAGAAAAUUUACUAGUUAUUUUUACCACACAAGAUAUUCAACAGACUGUGACAGAUUUUAUUGAACAUGACACAGAAGUAAGGAACUUUCUUGCUUUGUGUGAUGAUCGAUAUACAAUAGUUGAAACAAAGAUGGGGAAAUCCUCCAAGCAGGCAGGCGAAAAGCUGGUGGAUGAAAUUAUUCAGAAGAUCGAAGCACAGCCCUAUUCUCUUCACAUGUUUAUGAUGGCUCAGGAAGAAAAAGUUAGUCGUGAAGUGAAGGAGGAGUAUGAAGAAAAACUGAGCAAAAAGGAGAAGGAAAUUCAGGAGUUAAAGAUGAAGUUUCAGUCAAAGGAUGAUGAAGCAGAAGAACAGGGUUCCAGCUGUUUAAGGGUGGUGUUGAUUGGAAAGACUGGGAAUGGAAAAAGUACAACAGGAAACACCAUCCUGGGAAAAAAGGAAUUUGCUACUGCAGCCAGUAUGAAUUCUGUGACAAAAGUUUGCCAGAAAGGAGUUGGUGAAGUUCCGGGGAGGAGAGUUGCUGUAGUUGACACUCCAGGGCUCUUUGAUGCCUCACUGUCAAUGGAAGAGGUCCAACAAGAAAUUGUGAAGUGCAUCUCAUUGUCAGCACCUGGACCCCACGCUUUCAUCAUAGUACUGAGUGUGGGAAGAGUCAGCCAAGAUGAUGUGGAAACUUUAGAUAUGAUAAAAAGGCUCUUUGGUCCAAAGGCUGCAAUGUUCAGUAUAGUGCUGUUCACUAGAGGAGAUGACCUGGAAGAUCAGACAAUAAAGGAGUAUGUAGAGAACUGUACCAUCGAGCCAGUCAGGAAGAUGCUGAGAGACUGUGGAGACAGAUUCAUGGCGUUUAAUAACAAAGAAAAAAAGGACCGAGCCCAGGUUUCUGAGCUUCUCACACAGAUUGAAAUGGUGAUAAAUGCAAACACAACAAGUCAAUACUUUACAAACAGUAUGUUUCAAGAGGCAGAAAUGUCCAUCAAAAAGAAAAUUGAGGAAAUUCUGAGAGAGAAAGAGAAAGAGAUUGAAGCUGAAAAAGAGAAACUGAAAACCAAAUACAACCAGGAAAUAGAAGAAAUGAAGAAAAGACUGGAGAAAGAAACUCAAAAGGUUAAUGAAGAAAAACUGCAAAUAGAGAAUCAUUUCAAAGAAAAGAUGGAAGCUCUCAAAAAUGAGUAUAAAGAAAAAGAAGAAAUGGAGAAGAAGAAACAAGAAAUGGAAGACAAUGCAAGGGCAGAAAAAGCAAGAAUGCAAAUGGAAAAAUGGCAAAACAGAAUUAAUGAGCUAGAAAUAGAGAAUAAAAAGCAGAGAUAUGAAUUUGAAAAACAGCUAAGUGAUAAAGAUGCAGACGAUAAAAGGAGGGAAGAGAGAUACAAACAAGAUGAAAAACGUUUGCAAAAUCAGCAAAAGCAAGCCAUGGAUGCACUGAGAAAAAGACAAAGUGAAGACCUUAAACAGAGAGAAUUGGAGGAAGAUAGAAGGAGACAAAAAGAAGAGGAUGAGAGACGUGAUUGGGAGAGGAGAAUAAAAGAGGCAGAACAUGAGAGAACAGAGAUACAAGAGGGCCUUAAGCGUAAAUUGAGGGAAUGGGAAGAAGAGAAGAAAAGGCAGAUAAAGGAACUACAGGAAGAGGAUCGGCUAAGAAAGCAGAAGCAUGCUGAAGAGCUACGAGCUAAACAAGAAGAACAAGAAAGAAUGAGAGAGAAAUUUGAAAGAGACAUGGAAGAAGAAAGACUUCGAAGAGAGGAGGAGAAACGACAGUGGAGAGAAGAAAGUGAGAGAAAAGACAGAGAGUAUGAGAAAAAGAAGCGUACAAUGGAAGCACAGAUGAAAGAACAUUAUGAACAGAUGGAGAAAAUGAGGAGGGAAGAGCAGGAGAGAAGAAAACAAGAGGAUGAAGAAAGAAGAGCUGAAGAAAGAAAACGACUGCAGGAAAGAGAGGAGGACAUUAAGAAACAAUGGCAGGAGGACAUUAAGAAUAAAGAGGCAGAAAGAAUAGCCAGAGAAGAGAGAGACAAAAAGGAACGUGAGGAACUGAAAAAGAAUCAUGAUCAAGAAAUGAAGGACAUGAAGAAUAAAUAUGAAGAUGUUGCCAGGCUGCAGGCUGAGCAGUUCAAUGAGUUCAAUGAAAGUAAAGAAAAACACUUCCAGGGGCUCACUGAGGAGUUUCAGAAACGUUAUGAGCUUUUGGAUAAUCUCUAUAAACUCACAGAGGGUCAAAAAAGUGAGGAAAUCAAGAAACUACGGACAGAAAUCGACAAACUAAAAAAUGAAUCAAGCUGUGCCAUUCAUCCAUGUCGACCUGGAAGGAGACAUGGUCUCUUCUCACCACUACUUAUGUCUUGGAGGUUGAACUUUGUGCUGUGUGGGACUGAUCAAGCACAGAAAGCCUCUAUAUCAGAUCUCAUACUGGGCCAGAGCCAGCGCAGGCCCAAGCCCAGUCUGGAGCCCAGCUUCAUAUGUGUGACGAGACAUGGAGUAGUGUCUGAACGCUCAGUUACCCUGGUGGAGAUGCCGGCUCUUUACAACACUCAAGAGAAUGAUGCAAAGUGUACAGCUCUCCGCUGUGUCUCUGUCUGUGAUUCUGGAGUCAGUGCUUUCCUCUUAAUCAUUUCUCUUGGUCUCCUCACUGAUGAAAACCGAAGAGAAAUUGAAAAAAUCCAGAAAAUCUUCGGCUCCAGAGUCAAAGAUAAUCUAAUAGUUAUUUUUAAAAUGCCCAAUAUGGAACAGGCUGCUUUUAUUAAAGGUGACACAGAACUCUGGAACUUUCUUGCUAUGUGCAAUUAUAGACAUGUAAUUGUGGAAACAGAGAUGGGGAAAUCCUUUGAGAAAGCAGGUGAAGAGCUUCUGGCAGAAAUUACAAAAUUGAUCGAAGCACAGCCCUAUACUCUUCUCAUGUUUGUGAUGGCUCAGGAAGAAAGAGCCUGGUGUGAAGCGAACGCAAAGUAUAAAGAAGAGCUGAGCAAACAUAAGAAGGAAAUUCAGGAGUUAAAGAAGCAGCUAAAAGCACAAGGUAAUGAAGAGGAAGCACAAGUUUCCAGUUGCUUAAGGAUAGUAUUAAUUGGAAAGGCUGGAAAUGGAAAGAGUGCAACAGGAAACACCAUCCUGGGAAGAAAGGAAUUUGCUACUGGAGCCAGUAUGAACUCUGUAACAAAAAUUUGCAAGAAAGGAGUCGGUGAAGUACUGGGAAGGACAGUUGCUGUAGUUGACACUCCAGGUCUCUAUGAUACCUCACUGUCAACGGUAAACAUACAGGAAGAAAUUGUGAAGUGCAUCUUGAUGUCAGCACCUGGACCUCAUGCUUUCAUCAUAGUACUGAGUGUGGGAAGAGUCACCAAAGACGACGUGGAAACUUUAGAUCUGAUCAAAACUAUCUUUGGUCCAAAGGCUGCAAUGUUCAGUAUAGUGCUGUUCACUAGAGGAGAUGACCUGGAAGAUCAGACAAUAAAGGAGUAUGUAGAGACCUGUACCAUCGAGCCAAUCAAGAAACUGCUCAGAGACUGUGGCGACAGAUUCAUAGUAUUUAAUAACAGAGAAAAACAAGACCGCACCCAAGUUUCUGAGCUUCUCACAAUGAUUGAAAUGGUGAAAAACACAAACACAUCAAGUAAGUACUUUACAAACAGCAUGUUCGAAGAGGCAGAACUGUCCAUCACAAAGAAAACUGAGGAAAUCCUCAAAAAGAAAGAGAAAGAGAUUGAAGAUGAAAAGGAGAAACUGAAAAUUAAAUACAACCAGGAAAUGGAAGAGAUAAAGAAAAGACUAGAGGAAGAAAAACAAAAGGCUGAUGAGGAAAAACAGCAACUACAGAGAAAUUUUAGAGACAAGAUGGAAGCUCUCAAAAAAGAGUUUGAGGAAAAAGAUCAAAUGGAGAGAAAGAAACGAGAGAUGGAAGACAAGGCCAGGUCAGACGAAGUAAAUAUGCAAAUGCAGCAAUGGCAAAGCCGAAUAACUGAGUUAGAAAUAGAAAAUAAAAAGCAAAAAGAUGAAUUUGAAAAACAGCUAAGUGAAAGAGAUGAGGAGGAUAAAAAGAGAGAAGAGAAAUACAAACAAGAUAAAGAACAUUUUCAGAAUCUGCAAAAGCAAGCCAUGGAGGAACUAAGAAAAAGUCAAGAUGAAGAAUUUAAACAGAGAGGCGUGGAGGAGGAUAGAAGGAGACAAAAGGAAGAGGACGAGAGAAGUGAUUGGGAGAGGAGAAUAAAAGAGGCAGAACAUGAGAAGACAGAGAUACAAGAGGACCUUAAGCGUAAACUGAUGGAAUGGGAAGAAGAGAAGAAAAGGCAGAUAAAGGAACUACAGGAAGAGGAUCUGCAGAGAAAGCAGAAGCAUGCUGAAGAGCUACGAGCUAAACAAGAAGAACAAGAAAGAAUGAGAGAGACAUUUGAAAGAGACAUGGAAGAAGAAAGACUUCGGAGAGAGGAGGAGAAACGACAGUGGAGAGAAGAAAGUGAGAGAAAAGACAGAGAGUAUGAGGAAAAGAAACGUACAAUGGAAGCACAGAUGAAAGAACAGUAUGAGCAGAUGGAGAAAAGAAGGAUGGAAGAGCAGGAGAGAAGAAAACAAGAGGACGAAGAGAGAAGAGCUGAAGAAAGAAAACGACUGCAGGAAAGAGAGGAGGACAUUAAGAGACAAUGGCAGGAGGACAUUAAGAAAAGAGAGGAAGAAAUCAUGGCUAGAGAAGAGAAAGAGAAGAAGGAAUGGGAGGAACUGAAAAAGAAGCAUGAUCAAGAAAUGAAGGCCAUGAAAAAUAAAUUUGAAGAUAUGGCCAGGCAGCAGGCUGAGCAGUUAAAUGAGUUCAAUGCAAGUAAAGAAAAACACUUCCAGGAGCUCAUGGAGGAGCAACAGAAACGUUAUGAGCUUUUGGAUAAUCUCUAUAAACUCACAGAGGGUAAAAAAAGCGAGGAAAUUAAGAAACUAAGAGCAGAACUUGACAAAAUAAAGAAGAAAUCAAAUUGUACUAUUAGUUGAGCAGUCAUAGCAGUUGUAACGAAUGAUGCUGUAGUGAAAUGAUGCUGCAGAAAAACUAUUUUAUUCAUAUGAUGAAUAACAUGCAUGUAUUAGGCAAGGAUCCAUUUGAGGAUGGGUAACUGUUUUUGUGUGUAUUAAAUAUAUAUUCUUCUACAUAUAAAGUACAGGCCAAGAGUUUGGACACACCUUCUCUUUUUCAAUGCGUUUUCUUCAGACAUUUUCCUGACUAUUUACAUUGUAGAUUCUCACUGAAGGCAUCAAAACUAUGAACGAACAAAUGGAGUUUUAUGUACUUAACAAAAAAUAGUGAAAUAACUGAAAACAUGUUUUAUAUUCUAGUUUCUUCAAAAUAGCCACCCUGUGCUCUGAUUACGGCUUUGCUCACUCUUGUCAUCAUUCAAACUGAAUCAAAAAUUGAAUCCAGUAGAUUUGGUAAAUCAGUGGUACUCAGCCCUACUUAUCACAGUCUGCUGCAUCUGUAGCAGCAUAUCUCAUAAGUAGGCUUGUCACAAUAAGAAACUUAUUGUGAUAAAUGAUAUUAUUGUUGUUUUAAGACAAAUGCCACUGUCAUAAUGGUAAUAUUAUAGCAUAACAAAGACAUUAUAUCCUUUUAAAGAAAACACAAUUUAAUUAUCAUAGUUUGGGAAAUAUAUACUAUUUCCUUUAACUACUGUAGUCACUGCACACUGUGUAUAUGGAGUUGAAGCAUUGGUCUGGUGCUGUAUGACUAAUUAAAAUACUUGUUACUGCUACAUAUAUGAAUGUGAACAAAACAUACAAAUAAACACAACAGAUGAUAUCACAAUUAUCUAAUAUUUUUUAUGUCAUAUCCGCUUAUUGUACGAUAAGUCGAUAAUGUAAUUAUAGUGUUAGGCCUACUUAUUGGUAUAUAUAUGCAGGCUGUGUUUUUACUGUGUGUGUAUGUUCCUUCUUUUCUUAUUUAAUUUGUAAAUUUUGUAAUGCUUAAGCAGGAUGAUUUAAUGUUCGCAGUUAAAUUAAGCAUUGCUUUGGGAUGAUUACCAUU